AUGGAUAACCGGAAGGAAAUCUACUUUACCUACAAGACCGUCGACGCCUAUGAAGAGUUUGAUGGGAAAGUACGACAGAGGACACUGGUCAAGAGUCUUGGAUCGCUACUAGAUCCCUUCCUCCCACCAAUUAUCCCCCUUUAUACUAGACCCCUGAUCCCCGAGAGUAUUGGGGAAAUCAAAAAGCUGAGCGAGGAUAUUGUUGUCAGCGACAUCUCUAACUAG